AUGGCUCAAUCUCUCUUCUCACAACGUACCUCGAUGAAUCGCAUGUCUGUCUACUCCACCUCACCUUCAUUCGCUUCGACAAACUCGACAGAAAUGGCCAAUGGAAUGGCAGAGAUCAAGGAGCUUGCUCAAGGCCUUGACCGGCUAAAAGAUAAGCGUCUGGAGCAGCAACGAUUCGUGCAGUCCGCUCAGAAACAAGACGACCUGUCAAAGUUGGCGUUAGGAGCCAAGCUGGAGCGGGCGCUCGGACGUCGAAUGACGAAACAAGAUGCCGUGAUGAGGGUCAAACCGCGGCAGCCUUCCCGUCCAAGCUUGAUUGAUGAGAAAGCAGCUCUUGCAGAGAAACAAAUUCUGGCAGCUUGA